GCAGGGCUGUCCAGAGCAGAUGGCCGCGUCCUCGUCCGCAUCACAAGGUUCUCUUCCGCCGGGCUGGCUGGCGCCGCGGGAGACCAUAGUGUCGUGCUGCAGAAGUCAACUCGAGCUGACAGAGGCCAUCAUCCACCGGACACUGACUGGUCCAGAACAGGUGGCGGGGCUGAUACAGCGGGGAGCCGACCCAAACACCGAGCCACUGAUGCGGAAACACAAGAGAAAGGCACAGCGCUUUACGUGCUGGAAGAGCUCCGGCGGACGGCCCAGGGCCAAGUCCUGCCUAGCGCUGGCCAUCGACAACAAGACGAGCCACGCCAUCCCGACCGUCUGGACCACCCUGGUGGACUGCAUGUGCCUUCUUCACCCCGUUGCCCUGCCUCGGUGGGCAUCGCCUCAGUUGGAGGAGGCCAUCAUCAACGCACUGGUCCGUCACCAGAUACGACAGACAGACAGACAGACAGACAGAAAUGGCUCUUGCUUCUGUUGUUGUCGCAGAUCAAUGGUGGGGCGGACAUCAAUGGAGGAGGGGUGGAUUUCUGGACAGAAAACCCUCCUCCAUUGGAUCCAGAAAACAAGCCGAUCAAGGUGGCCAUCUCAGGAGGCAACGAGGCGGCUGUCAACAUCCUGAUGCAGCGCCAGGUCAACCUGCGAGGGCUGAUGGUGCUGGAACUGCCAGGGGGCGACGGCGUCUACUCCCAUCCGCCAGGCCCUGACUACGAGAAGAAGCUGCUAUCCUUCUUUCGGCGCCUGCUGCAGCACGACAGCACACUCGCGACUGAGACAGACAGAUUCGGCCACAACAACCUGCUGCAUCAUGCGGCCGAAAACGGCGUUUGGUAUUCACAGGCCUUCAUCGACGCCUACAUAGAGCUGCUGGUCGGCCACGGUGCUGACAUGACGGCGGUGGCCGGCACAUCCAGCGCCACCCCGCUGCAUUGUGCGGCAGAAUGCGCCUCCCACCGCGUGGCCGAGUCCCUCUGUCGCCGCCUUUCUGCUGACGACAUCAACAGAGGGACAGCCAACGAGCCCAACAACACACCCCUCGCUGCGGCUGCUCGGCAGCUCCCCUCCUACAAUCUCGAACUGGAAAACGUUGACGAUGAGCUCGACGACGAACGAGACGGAGGAGAGGAUGACGAUGACGAUGACGAUGACGAUAGCGACGAAGAACUGGACCCAGCCGAGGAGGAGCGGAUUCGCACCCGAGCCAUUCCCAACAUCAAGGCCACCAUCCGGACGCUGCUGCGGGGCGGGGCAGACAUCACCCGCCUUCCCAUGGCCACCGAGGAGCAGCGCCGCCAGCGUCAGUUCGUGCUGGCCGAGUAUGCCACAGUGCUGAAUGAGCUGUCCGAGGCUGUCAUGUCGGCCAUCAACGCCGCCCUCGCCCCCCAGCGCGACCACUCGACGCUUCUCGCCCGUCUGCUGCCCCUCGCCCCCCACCACGACGGCGCCCACCCCCACCCCUCCCCAUCCAACAUGGCAUUCGGACCACACGAGGCCGAGGGCAUCGGCUGGAAGAUCGCCGCCUUCUGCUUCGACUGGGAUGACGCAGCGAUGGCGAUCGGUGAGAAGAUCGGCCUCCGCAACAGCACACUGGCUCGGCGUGUGCGUGCGGCCAUCGACCACUUCGUCAAGUCGGCGCUGUAUGCGAGCAGCAAUAGGGAGGUGGUGGGCGGGACGAGAUACCAGCAGCAGGGCGACAAGCGCGUCAAGGUGACCGUGCCGCCGCUGCAAUGCUUCGCCACCCGUGCCGCUGGCAACGGGGGGCAAGUGGUGGGCGUGCGUGAGGUGGUGCAUCGGGCCCGGCUCGACGAGGUGGCGAAGUAUCAGCUGACGGGCGUCGAGAAGGGCUUCAACGCGCAUUUGGGCAAUGAGGACUGCCAGUUCGGCUGGGGUCAGCUGGAGCUGGGCGUAGAGUGA